AUGUCUGUGCGAAAUGUUGGCAAUGGUUCACCAGUGACGGCCGACGUCUCCGUAGGGUCCAACGAUUUAUCCGAGUUCCAGUUGUCCAAGCGAGACGUGCAGGUGAUCCUGACGGUGCGGUGUGGAUCUCUGUGGACGCGAAAGGUGCGACUCGGCGUGAGCGGAUCUUCGGCCGAUCUCCUCUUCCUGCAGACGGACAAACCCAUCUACCAGCCGGGAACCACUGUCCACAUCAGGUUCAUCGCCCUAAAUGGAUCACUGAAGCCAGCGUCAACGCCGUUCAAGCUUGAAGUCAGGAAUCCUCAAGACGUGGUGUUGGAACAGAAAGACUUCCGUCCUGACCGAGAACUUAUGCUCAGCCAUCAACUCGAAUUACCAAAACAUACUGUACUCGGUCAGUGGAAACUGGUCAUGCGCUACGGACACAAC